CCAGAAUUUAUGCGAAAGUUACGAAAAAAGAAAAGAAAAUAAGGAUAAUGAGAUAGUUGCAGAGAUUGAAGCAAUUUGCUGCAAAUCCAAAUUUUGGUCCCACCAGGAAAAAACGAGAGGCGAUGAGCAGCCAAAUUGCUGAAGCUAACGGCAUAGACAAGCCACACGAUUCUCCUCUCACAUAUCUUAUACGUAUUGAGUAUUGGACAGAUGGCCAUACAAUAACUGAUAUCCACUGCUGUUUCCUGUGAUUUGUAUUCUCUUGUAAGAAAUGGGUUCAAACCCAUUAAUCUUUUUUUCUUUAGAUGUUAAGUUUGUAUAUGUUUUUAAUUCUUCACUCGCAGUAGUGAUUUAAUUUCAAGGAAUUUCCAUGAAGAAUUGAAAAUGGGAGUUUUGUGAGGUAUUCUUUUGGGUUUCAUAUUGAGUUGACACAAAAAUGAUGCCUGUUUGCUCAGCCACCCCAUGCUGUUCUUCUCAUCCUCAGAUUUCAUUCCACGGAGGACUGCAACUCUUUUGUCCACACCGGAAUGAUUCUGAAUCCAGAUGUAUUGUGGAAGACAGAGUUGGUAUGGGCUUUCCAAACGGAACUCAUCGGCAAAGAAUUUCCUUUGAAACUCAAGCUGCAAAAUCAUCUUACCCCAUUUUCCAUGAAAGAAAUGAACUAUCAGUACCCAUGGAAAUCACUGAAAAUCCUAACUGCAGAAAUGAAUUAAAUAACAUUAAAUGCAAGUUAUACAAUGCACUGGACCUUAAGGGUAGGGAGAAAGUGGAAUAUGUAGAAAGUUAUAGCAUAUCUGAUGUAAAAGAGGGACUAACGGACUUUACUGGCCAGUCAACAGAAAAUGCAGAUAGUUUGGCAAGACCUGUGGAACCCAAUCUCAUGCCAACUAGUAUUAUAACAUCAGAGAAUCCCAGCAUAGAAUCUGACUCCUUGGAUAUGGAUAAUGAUUCGUUAUCUAGUGUGAAGACUAGUUUUGAUGAUUUUCUUGAUGGGAUUAGGGACUCCAUCAACACUUCUGUGAGUGAGGGAGAAAAUGUUGUGAAAAGCUCACUAGAUACAAUUACUUCAUCAAUAACAUCAAUGACAAAAAGUGCUUCUGAAGCAGUGGAUAACGCCUUGAGUGGGGUGUUUUCAGCUGUAGAUCAAACUAGAGGAUUGGCUGGCAAUAGACUAAAUAGCUUUUCAAGUGACUUGAAGGAAGCCACAAGUAAAGCAACAGUCAGUUCUGUUGAUGUGUUGAGAGGCACAAUUGUUGCAGUGGAGGACUUGAUAGUAAAAGGGGCUUCUUUUGUUGUUUAUGCUUAUGGGUCUGCCAAGGGACUACUUCCUCCUGAGAUCAGGGAUUCACUAAUUUUGUCUGAAGAAAAAGCAGUACAAAUAUUGAGGCCUGUUGGUACAUCUUUUCAGCAGGUUUACGUUGCUAUUGAGGAAUUGGAGAAAAAUUUUGGCUUUGAUCCUAAUGAUCCAAUUGUUCCAUUCUUUCUUCUUGUUGGAACCUCAGCCACCCUUUGGGUUUUUUAUUGGGUGUGGGUAUAUGGUGGUUACUCUGGAGAUUUAUCUCCUCAAUUAACUUUAGAGCUUUUGAAUGGGGAGGAGAAUGCUGUACUCGUUGAUGUUCGGCCUGAGGUUCUGAGAGAAAGAGAUGGCAUUCCUGAUAUUCGACGAGCAGCUCGGUUUCGAUUUGCAAGUGUAACUCUACCAAAGGUUGAUGAACCACUGCGGAAAUUGUUAAAAGGUGGCAGUGACAUUGACAGCACCUUAAUUGCUUCAGUUAUUCGGAACUUGAAAGCUGUUCAGGACAGUUCCAAGGUCAUAGUUAUGGAUGCUGAUGGUACUUCUUCAAAAGGCAUUGCAAGAUCCUUGAGAAAACUUGGGGUUAAGAGACCGUACUUGGUCCAGGGUGGCUUCCAGUCCUGGGUGAAACAAGGUCUUCGAAUCAAGGAACUUAAACCUGAGACAGCACUAACCUUACUGAAUGAGGAAGCCGAGGCAAUCCUAGAAGAUCUUAGUGCUUCUCCAGUGCAAGUCCUUGGGUAUGGUGUGGGUUCUGUUGCGGCAUUGUAUGCAUUAAUAGAGUGGGAGAAGACCUUACAGCUUAUUGGUGUUGUUGGCCUCACUCAGAGUAUUUUUCGACGAGUUGCUUCAUAUGAGGGCCCUGAGGAUUUUAGAAAAGAUGUGAGGUUGUUGCUUGCUCCUGUAAGAAUUGGAGCUCAGGCAUUUUCAUGGGUUGCUGGAAAACUAGAAACCAGCGGCAUUGGACUCCCAACGUCACCUUCAUCGUCAGAUGUUCAAACCCGGGUGCUGCAAGCUGCUGCAAAGCAUGAAUCUCAACCAUCUGAUACUGAAGAAGUUCAGAAACCAUCCUCUGAAUCAGUGGCUCCAAUAAAUGAGAAUGUAGAUUUUUCAGAAGCAUAGGCAUUAUAAUUUACCUUGAAUUAUCAUUCCUAUAUUUGAGAAUUUAACUAAUCUAUACAAUAUAUAAAGAGUAAUACGUAAUAACCA